AUGUUACGGAAUUUUAUUGUUAGAUUUGCUUCUCGAAAUAAUCCAAUCCUUCCAUGUUCGAGAUUAUACGCAACUAAUAAACAAAAAAUUGAAAAGGAACCAAAGCUAUCAGCAGAUGUAAUAAACUAUUUAGAAAAUGACUCGCAGUAUAAACGUUUGAUAGAGAAGUUACCGAAAUCUCUUUUGAGAAAAUACAAAACCCCUGAGAGUAUGUAUCUAAUAAAUAAAAAAACUGCCAAAGAAAUAGCUAAAUCUAUUGCAAGCUAUUUGGAUGAAGAUUCACCUUUAGUUGAGGUUAAUCCUGGAUUUGGACUGUUAAGUGAAGAGUUACUGAAAUGUCACACUAAGCACCUUUAUUUGUAUGAAACAUCGACUCAUUUUUCUGAACAUUUUCAGGCUUUACAAAACAAAUUAGGACAAAGGAUUACUUAUAAAGUAGCAGACUUUUUUGGAAUGUGGAAGUUAGCUUUUAUGGAUAAGAUGGAUGGCGGAAAUAGAAUUAAAGAGUUAUUAGGUGAUCUUGCAUCAGGUGAUAACAGAAGAAUAAUAAAAAUUGUGGGUGCUAUGCCAGGAUUGUCUUUUGUAAAACAUCUUAUACAAAAUAUCGUUUUUCACUAUGAUACUAACCAGUUAGGAAGGCCUGAUCUUUUUAUAACGAUGCCCAGUCAUCAUUACGAUUUUCUUACAGACAAUGGUGUGCUAAUGGGUAAGCACAAGUCAAUUCCUGCACUAUUUCAAAUGUUUUUUGACCAUAAAAUUCUCAUAAAAGUCCCCAAAGUACACUAUUUACCUUGGACUCAUUCUUCGAGUAGCAAAAAAGGAUCGCUGAUAAGCGAGUAUUGCAUGUACUUAGUCAAUAUAACUCAGAAGGAAACAUUACCAUGUCCACCUGAGUAUCUUCCACUUUUGUGGUACUUUUUUAAACCUCAUACAUUUUCAAAAUCAACAAGAGUCAUCCCUAUGUUAGAGCAAUGGAUUCCAGGUUGCGGUGUUUGGCUAAUCACGGGACAAGAUCCACCGGAUUCCAAUAAAGCAAUAUCACCAACCAAAGAUGAUGCUCCACUGCCACAUAUGACAAUAUUUACGGAAUUUGGUGACUUAAGUCUUAAGCAAAAAAUUACCGUAUUUAAAAAAUUUGUAUCAUGGCCAGAAUUUGAACAAUGCCCUUUCAGAGUCACAAUGGAAAAUAACCUACCAAAAUCAUUCACACAAAUUGAAGAUGAGGAAAAAGCAAGAAUAGGGACUCAUAUUGACGACUUGGACCAUUCAGACUCCGAAAUUGAUUCUGAUAAAUAA